UGGAAGAAUUUUCAAUAUUUCCGUGCCAAUCUUUCUCUCUCAUACACGUAAUAAACCCGCACUCUCCUUUCUCGCACACUCGCAACUCUUCCGCACACACUUUCUCUUCUCCUUCAUCUUCUUCGUCUUCACCCUUGCUCAAUUUCAGUUUCAAUCCUCAAUCGUAAGCUCAAUUAUCAGAUACUAUAGCUCGAAUUUCGUGUAAGAUUCACCGUUACGAUUCUAGGGCAAAGAAAUUAGAAGGAUUCUGUGUUUAUAGGUUGAUGAAGGUGAAAAGAUGCGUCCAAUGCUAAUUGUUGGUUGCUGGAGAUAAGGUACUAUGGGCGGUUGUUGCUGUUGUGCCUCCAAGGAGACUGUGUUGAGUGCUCCACCUGCUUACUAUUUUCAGUAUCCAAGAGCAUCAGAUGAGCAUGUUCCACUAUCUUCUCAUCAAGGUGCUCCCUCUGCUUUCUCUGGAAGGCUCUUGGUUGAUACUAAUCUAGAUACUUCGAGUCCUGAUACUUAUACACCCCCUCCUGCUCCUAUCCCUUUCAACGUGACAUUCGAUGCCACUCAGACUGCACCUGUGGUUCAAGAAAUUUCCUGCGACAAGAACAAUACAAAUUCUAAUUCAGUUCAAGAACCAUCUGGAGACAAUCAUGGAACCUCACCUAAGUCAGAAGAACUGAAGGAAUCAGAAUGCAAAGGUCAGACUGAUUUAGAACUAGACUCGGCAAAGGAUUCUGAAAUUGAACUUCCAAAGUUGGGAGAACCUAUAAAUUUAGUAGAAGAAGAGGAUGGAUGCCCGAUAUGUUUAGAAGAAUAUGAUGCAGAGAAUCCAAAACUAACCACAAAGUGUGAGCAUCACUAUCACCUUGCUUGCAUUCUGGAGUGGAUGGAAAGAAGUGAAACUUGCCCUGUCUGUGCUCAGGCCUUGGUUUUCAGCCCUCCCAUUGAAUAGUACAUUACAUAUCUUUGAUAUCAACAUGAGAGGUCAAAUAUACUGCAUGUUAGUUUUUGAUAAGCCGAGGUUACAAAAUCAUACUAGUCUGGCAAACCGAGCUUAUGGCUGUAUUUUGAUUGCUUUGGUUUUCUACAUUUCAUUGGGGUUAAUUCCAUUUUUCAUGCAGAGCCCUUGUGUUGGUUUCAGGAAAUUAAUGGAGAGUAGAAUGCUUACAUUGUGUAUAGUUUUUCAACUGAAAUGUUUAGUUGAUAUCGAGAUACUACAUAAGAUGCCUUGCAUAGAUUUUUAUUAGAGACAUGUUAUUGCAAAACAUGACGGUUAAUAUAAUUUUUGGUUCUUUUCUUGUUUU